GGUUUUCCUUGUGUGAGCAAAAGCAAUGCCUCGAAAUGGCAGAAAAAGAAAAACUAAAGCCCUUGAUAAGCAUUUUCCAGAAGGAAUUUUGUUUGACAUUGUUUCAAGGUUGCCCGUAAAAUCCGUAGUGCGUUGUACAACAGUCAGCAAAUCAUGGUAUGCUUUAAUUAAAUCUCGUGAUUUCAUCGCUACCCAUGUCAAACAAUCUAUUGCAAGCAACAUUAAUGAUGAUAGCUCGCAUUAUAUUCUCGACUUGCUUCUUGAUGAACAUGGAGGUAAGCCUUGUGUGGUACUUCGUGACAAUGUGGUGAGCUUUGAUCCGGUGUAUUCUGUGGACUUGCCUAUGGAUUUUGAAUUGAGGAAAUGCAAAAUGGUUGGUUCAUGCAAUGGCCUAGUUUGCUUAACUGGAACUUCUUGUUUUGCUGAUGGUUGUCUCAUAUAUUUAUGGAAUCCUUUGCUUCGAAGAAUUAAACGCAUUAGUUGUACUUCUUCUUGCUGCAAUAGGUUAUAUCGAAAAUUCACUGACGUUGGAUUUUGGUACGAUAAUGAAAAAAAUGAUUAUAAGUUGAUAAUGAUUAGGCACUACAUAAAUAAAGGUUUGCCUCAAAAUGACAAAGAACAAUCUCAGGUGGAACUAUAUAGUCUAUACACAGCAUCUUGGAGAAAGAUUGAUGAUGUAAAAAUGCCAGGGAUACUCCUAGAUGGAGCUGCCGUAUUUGUAGAUGGUUCUCUAAAUUGGAUUGCUUAUCAUUCUCUUGAACGUACUUAUUCCAUUUUGUCAUUCGAUACUCGCUUAGAAGUAUUCCAAGAGAUGAAGUUGCCAAAUUAUGAUCACUAUAAUUCCGUCAUCCCUUAUCUCGUGGCCUACAAAGGGUGUCUUGCUCUAUUCGUUGCUCAUUGCACUGGUGAGGAAGACGUUUUGAGUUUAUGGGUAAUGAAAGAGUUUGGAGUAGCCGAAUCAUGGUUGGAGGAGUAUCAUGUGGUAUUCGAGGUAGAUUGUAUAUUUUCAGUAGGGUUUACCAAGAACAGUGAGAUUAUUUAUGCAACUUAUGAUGAAAUGUUUGUAUAUGACUUUGAGAAGAAGCAAAGUAGAGAUAUUGGACUUGGAUUUCGUUGUGAUGCAGAUUCUUUGGUUGAGUACACUGAAAGUUUGGUUCUUCUUGACGAGAAAAAUGAAUUACAGGAAAACUAAAGGUCAUUGGAAUGAUAACCUGAUGAAAAUCUGCACAUCAAUUAAGAGAAGACCAGUAGCUAAUCUUAUGUUUUUAAUUUUUCUAGUUGAUAAAAUCGUACUGUUUAGUUUGUUAUUUUGUUGAUAAUCUUCUGCUAUAACUCAAAAACGAAUCCUUUUCUGUAUUUCAGACUAAUAUUAGUGUGUCAGUUUACUUAUUCCUUAUAUGUUGUUGAUU